AAAAUUCUCGGUGCUGCGCGUGGGUUAUUACAACAAAUCAGUAAUCUAAAUUAUUAUUAAAAAUAUUUUAUUUAAAUAGAAAUUAAUCUAAGCUACUAGGAAUCUUAUCACUGAUAAAUAGGAACCAUUUGCUUAAGAUAAGGAUUUAUCUUUUAAUACCAACUCAAUAUUAAAGACAAUAACUUACAGAAAUAAAAUAAAUUUGUGAUCGAAUACUGCAAUAUACUUUUUAUUGUGAAUGGAACAAAUAAAUUAAAUCACAAAAAAAAUGUUGAGCCUAUUCAGAAAAUUGAUCACCAAUUCAAAUGAAUCAUCAUCACAAGUUCCAUUUGUCGACGAGACAUUUACAAACAAAUUGGAAAUCUUUAUCUUUAAUCUCUCAACCAAGGAAUGGUCGGAAAGUGUCUCAGGUACAAUUUACAUAGAAAAACAACAACCACCAAAAACUUCUCUAAUGAUAAUAAAAAUUGAUUCACUUCCCUAUCAUUUAAUACGUAAAAUCACUCGUGAUUUUCAAUUAUUCGAAAAAGAUGACAGAACAUGGAUGUUUCGCGUUUAUGAAAAAACAAAAGCAACCGACUACAAUGAAUCAACAAUAAUUGCUUGUCGAUUUUCCACAAAAACCGCCGCCAAUGCCUUCAAUAAUUUCAUCACUAAUCUUCAAACACUCGAGCGCGCUGGUUUUGAAAAUCUCAAUUUUCGCCUCGAAAUAAUUCGUAAAAAGCACGAGGAAGAAAUUGCCGAAAAAGAAUGUGCUCUCACGUGUAAUUUCCCAUUGUGGAGCGAUUUAUUGAACGGAGAAUAUUAUCAAAAUUUUCAUAACAAAAAUACUGAUAAAGAUACAUUUCGUUGUAUGGCCGAAAUUCGUGAAUUCGACCCGAUUGGAAAAAAAUGGAAAAAACUCAUUUUAGGAAUAGUGAAAAUUGACGUAAUCGAAGAUACCGGACAGAGUGUAUUGACAGUAAUUGAAAAUGAGGAAAAUUUCGUUCGACUCGGCAUAACGAGAGAUGACUUUGAAUUAAUUGCCCUCGAUAAUCGAACAUGGAUGUGGAGGGGCUACAAAAAAUCCCAAAAUAUCCAGAGUCUUCUAAUUGGUUGUCGAUUUAUAAAUUCAAAAAUUACCAAAAAUUUCGGUAUCACUAUAAUAAAGGCCCAAGAAUACGCACCAUUACGAUGUAAAUUUCGCGACGAAUACAUGAAGGAGACUUUUCAUAAGGAAUAUCAAUUGAAAUUAACCGAAAAUCAAAUUGCCUUGGAAUGUAAUUUUCCCGGUGAAUACGAAUUAACUGACAAUGAUCCCGGUGAUCUCUCUUUUCCCAGUACAUCACAAAUUUUGACUAAGAAAAAUAAUAAAUUAGACGAAAUAAAAAAUUCACCAAAGUCAAUUACUUCUUCUAACGAGAAUUCGAAUUUACAAAUUAUACUAGACAAUAGAGUAAAUUUUUAUAAAUUUGAUUCUAAAUUGAAAAAAUGGAACAAUCCCGACGAGGGAGAAUUACAAAUAGUGAGAAAUGGAGAAAUUGGGAAUAUUUCGAUUGUAAUGAAAAUCAAAGAAGGGGAAUUUGUUUGUCAACUAUCCCGAGAUUUGGAACUGAUGAAAAAAGACUCGAGAUCACUAAUGUGGAGAGUUACUAAUAAAGAAAAGUUUUCAAUUUUCUUUUUGAUAACGGAAUUUGAAAGUUGCGAAAAAUUGGAAUGUUUCGAAAAAUGGAUAAAUGAUGUCAAAGGACAUUAUUCCUCGGAACUCGAGUGCGAUCAAUUGGUGUUGGAGACUUUGAAGAAUAUUUUUGAAAGUGAUUUGGAAGAAUUGUCCCAAGCUCUGGGAGUCGAUUUUCCAUCACACGUUGAUUUGGCCUGGCUCAGUGGAUCCAAUGUUGUGAAAUACAGAGCGAAGAAUAUUUCUGAAACAGAUUUUAUUAAGGGAUCAGUAUUUAAUUCAAAGGUCGAUAUUUAUAAAUUUGAUAGCAAUUUAAAUGAAUGGAAAAAACUUACGGCUCUUCCAGGUUCGGUGGUUGUGAAAGUAAAACAAUUCCAAGAGUUUCAGAAGACGAUUUUAUAUGCAAUUAGCGAUGAAUUUCAGGGAACGAUUGUCGUCAAAUGUGAAAUUGCUGGUAAUUUGAAUUUAGAAAUGAAAGAUAAAUCUUCUUGUAUUUGGCGAGGUUACGUGGAAAUGGACGAUAAUGAUAAUAAAAUUGAAAGUCUCUUGAUUGCCUGUCGAUUCACAAAUUUCCAUACUGCCAAUCAUUUCAAGUCAGUUGUCGCCGAUGUUGUUCAAAAACCAUUGAAAUGUUAUCUUCGCCACGAUUAUUUAUCUGCAAUUUUAAAAAAAAGAAGAGAAGAAAUUCUUCGAGAAAAUCAAAUUCCUCUUGAUUUACCUGUUGAGAAUUGAGAAAAUAUAAUAAAAGAAAAAUUGUCA